AUGCACGGCCGCAAGUUCGAGUACAGCUUCCAGAAGGACGCGUACGCCGACCAGGAGUUCUGCAACGAUGUGGGCUACCUCCCAGACGGCACUCCGCUGAAUCGAGCUGGGAACGCCAUCAACCAUCCCGAGAACAUUGGACCGGACAGCCAUGCUCCCGGAUCUCCACUGCCCCGUGCCAUCUUCGUGAAUUCCGUCGGCUACCUCCCAGACGGCACGCCGCUGAACCGAGCUGGUAACGCCAUUAACCAUCCUGAGAGCAUCGGACCGGACAUGCAUGCUCCCGGUUCACCUUUGCCGGCCUCGGUGUACGCUGCCGAUGUGGGCUACUUGGUUGAUGGGACCCCAUUGGAUACUGCUGGCAACAAUUCCGUGAAGAAUGCCCCGCCGGCAGCUCCCGCGGCCACCCCAAGCGCCCCUGUGGCAGCAGCGGCAUUUGUGGGCUCGUCCGCAGCCCCACCGAAGAAUGUCAGGCACAGCGUCGGCUUCGCCUACACCUUCCAGCGGGAUGCCUUUGCAGACUUGGAGUUCAGCAACGACGUGGGCUACCUUCCGGAUGGCACGGCAAUCAAUCGAGCAGGCAAUGCCAUUAACCAUCCCGAGAACAUCCAGCCGGAUCGUCAUGCCCCUGGUUCCCCUCUGCCCCGAGCGAACUUCGUGAACGACGUGGGCUACCUGCCGGACGGAACCCCUCUGAACAAGGCCGGCAAUGCGGUGAACCAUCCGGAGACGAUCCAGCCGGAUAUGCACACCCCCGGGUCGGCCCUCCCUGCGUCGACCUACGCCGCGGAUGUGGGCUACCUCGUGGAUGGCACGCCGAUGGAUCGUGCAGGCAACCUCUCC